CAUUGCUUCCGUGCCUCAACCACCCUCCUUCACAAUCGUUCUCACAGUGACAAAGAAACUACGAGACCAGACAAACUCAUGAACACCGGCAAAGGUAUGCAAGAGCCAGGGGACUCUCCCGAAAGGACCUCGUCGGAUCGGCGCGAUGACGACAUCGAAGAGUAUGCGGAUAUCAUUCCUGCAAGAUCAAAAAGCCACCACAGAGACAGUACCGAGCAACCAAACCUAACGAGACUGCCCUCGGGAGUCUUGAGCUUUCAAGACGACCCUGUCUCCCGGCAUCAGUCCAAUGUAGAGGUUCCUUACGAAAUCUACGACCGCUUUUCCAAACACCGCAAGCACGUAAUUGUUGCUGUGAUCUCAUGGUGUGGCCUAUUGUCGCCUAUUUCCAGCACGGCAGUGCUAUCAGCGCUACCUGAAGUAGCCGCUGAGUACAAGACGACUGGAGACAUAAUCAGUCUCAGCAAUGCAAUGUAUCUUGUUUUUAUGGCUAUUAGCCCAUGCUUUUCGGGGCCUCUGAGCCAAGUGUAUGGAAGGAAGCGAAUAUGUACAGUGACAGCCUCGUUGUUUCUGGGAUGCUCUAUCGGCACCGCUCUGAGCCCAAACGUCGCCGCUUUCUUCGUAUUCCGAAUGCUCACCGCAUUUGCCGGAACCUCAUUUCUCGUCACCGGCCCAGCCGUUAUCGGUGACUUGUACCAUCCGACUGAGCGCGCCACCGCCAUGGGAUGGUUCUUGUCUGGCACUUUGAUCGGGCCGACCAUCGGCCCAGUUCUUGGUGGCAUCAUCGUGACUUACACUUCGUGGCGCGCCAUAUUUUGGCUCCAGACUGCCCUUGCCGGCGUCGGCCUGGGGGGCGCCCUGUUCUUUAUGCCCGAGACUUUGCAGGAACUCAAGAGUGCCGAUCUCAGGGAGUUGCCGAUGGGCAGAAAGGUCAGCGUACUGUGGGGAAUGACAAAUCCUUUCAGAGUCAUCCGGCUCUUUCGAUUUCCGAAUCUUAUCCUGGUAGGGAUUGGCAGUGGCUCGCUCGUAUGGAACAUGUAUGGCAUGCUUACUCCGAUACGAUACGUUCUCAACCCACGGUUCUCUCUCACCUCCCCAGCACAGUCCGGUCUCUUCUACCUUGCCCCGGGGUGUGGGUACCUCGCUGGCACGCUCGUCGGUGGGCGGUACGCUGAUUACACGGUGCGACGCUGGAUAGCAGAGCGGCAUGGGCGACGUGUUUCCGAAGACAGACUUCGCUCGUGCCUGCCUUUCCUCGGAGCAGCUCUUCCUGGCUGCAUGCUCAUCUACGGUUGGGCUGUUCAAGAACGUGCCGGUGGCGUUGCCGUACCUGUUGUUUUCAUGUUCCUUGGAGGAGUGUCGCAGUUAUUCUGUUUCCCUAGCCUCAACACCUACUGCCUGGAUGUGAUACAAGGACGUAGCGCGGAGGUGAUAGCGGGCAACUUCAUGAUAAGGUAUCUUUUCGGUGCCGCUGGGUCAGCCGUAGUGCUUCCAGCCAUCCAGAAGAUUGGCGUCGGCUGGUUCAGUACUAUUUCAGCAACUUUCUUGAUCAUCGGGGCAUUGAGCGUUUGGGCUGUGGCAAUAUGGGGUAGAAGUUGGCGGAAACGAAUUGAUGAGAAGAUGAGUUCAUAGGAGUUAGAGAUUCUCGAAGUCUGCAGAACACCAUCAUACAUGUGGCUUCCGGAAUUGUCUUGCCUUGGUAGAUGUCAAUGAAAGGUC